AGUUGAAUCCUUUUAAACAUACUAUAUACACAGACAUGCACAAACACGCUGCCAUAAAUACUUCACUAGUGAAGUGUGUAUUUCUGUUGAGGAUAUCAGAAUACUAUUGAUGCAGAUUGAGUAAUUUGAAGAUGAUGCCAGCCAGUUUAAUUGCAUUAUAUUCUAAAAUGUCCAUGUUACUUUGUUCACUCUUUGCAUGACUUAAAGCCUUGCUGAAAAUCCCCAGCUGUAGCAGAAAUAGUGUCUCAUUGGUGGUUAAGUGAAGAGAGGAGGAGUAAAAGAGAUACAAUGAGUGGAGGCAGAACCACAUAGGGCUAGAUGCACUAAGACUCAUCAUAACAGCAGAAUGGGGAAUGCCACUGUUUCUGAGAUUGUGAACACAGUAACCCUGGUCACCUACUCUGCGAUAUUCAUUCUCGGGAUUCUGGGUAAUGGCCUGGUGAUCUACGUGACUGGAUUCAGGAUGAAGAGGACAGUCAACUCUGUGUGGUUUCUCAACUUGGCCCUUGCUGACUUCCUCUUUACAACUUUCAUGAUUGUCCAGAUCAUUACUGUUUCUCAGAAUAACCAAUGGCUCUUUGGGUGGCUAAUGUGCAAGCUCAACACUUUUGUGAGUGUCAUCAACUUGUUUGCCAGCAUCUUCCUUCUUGCAGCCAUCAGUCUGGAUCGUUGCCUGUCAGUCUGUGUGGUCGUGUGGGCACAAAACAAACGCACCGUCCGCAAAGCUCAGCUCACCAGCUGUGUUAUUUGGCUGGCAGCUGUGGUUUGCAGCACACCUUAUGCCACUUACCGAGAUAUUCGGGACUACAAAGGGUUGACUGUCUGCAGUGUUUCAGAAUAUUAUAGAGAAAAUUAUUACACUUUUAUGAUAUUCCGCUUUGUCGUGGGCUUCCUCAUCCCAUUCCUGGUGAUAUUUGUCUCUUACUUGGCCAUUGGUGUUCGUGCUAGGAGAUUGCAGAGGACCAGGAAAAAGAGAUCUCGCAGAAUAAUUUUUGCUGUCGUUCUUGCCUUCUUUGUCUGCUGGUUGCCAUUCCAUGUCAUGCAGUUUGUACAGUCUAGUGGUUAUAAAAGUUCGGAGACUGCUAGAAAUAUUGGACAAAAGCUGUCAGUGUGUCUGGCUUAUCUAAACAGCUGCCUGAACCCCAUUCUUUAUGUUUUCAUGUGUGAUGAAUUCCAGAAGAAGCUCAAGCAGUCCAUAUGCUUGGUCCUGGAGAGUGCCCUGGCAGAGGACCAUUUGACAUUUAUGUCCUCUCGCUCACUGUCAUCCCAGCUUUCUCGGAUUUCCCGAAAGUCGGAUGCUGCUAGCCCUUUGGAAGGAAAAACCAUGGCCACUGGCUUCAAGUUCACAGAGAGCAAAAUGGUCAGUACUGAUGAAAGAGACUCUGACCACUCAUAAAACCUACCCAACUUGACAAGAAAUGUAAUAAAAAAGGAAAUGACAGGAACUGAUGAGGACAGCACCUUUAUGGACAUGUAAAAUAUUUUGAUUCCUUUUAUCUUGAUAAGGGGACUAGCAGGACAAAUUUUAAAAAAUGUGGCUGAAUUCACACAUGCAGCUCGUGCUAAAAAAGUCAGGAAAUUUUCAGGAAUUUUAUGCUGGUAUAGAUAGAGCUUAAGGACAUUUUUUUAGUUAAUGACUGAUUGACCAUGGCAGAUGCCACUUGUUGCUAAUGUUGCACAUUUCCUUAUAGAUUUGUGUAGUUUGAUGGCAUGUCUCCCAUCUUCUGUGUGAUCAAUAAUUCAUCAAACCUAUGUGGAUAUAGCUUUAAGAUGUGACUAUAUUUUUGUGUGUAAUUAAUAAUGUAAAUAUUUAUGCAUUUAAUUUGUACCUUUACAUUCCUUCAGUGAUUAAAAUACAAAAUUACCUAUACAUUGUCAACUACACCAGUUUUAUGUCUUUACAAGAAAUGUAAUAAAAACAGAAAUGACAGGAACUGAUGAGGACAGCACCUUUAUGGACAUGUAAAAUAUUUUGAUUUCUUUUAUCUUGAUAAGGGACCUGGCAGGACAAAUUUUAAAAAAUGUGGCUGAAUUCACACAUGCAGCUCAUGCUAAAUAAGUCAGGAAAUUUUCAGGAAUUUUAUGCUGGUAUAGAUAGAGCUUAAGGACAUUUUUUUAGUUAAUGGCUGAUUGACCAUGGCAGAUGCCAACUGUUGCUAAUGUUGCACAUUUCCUUAUAGAUUUGUGUAGUUUGAUGGCAUGUCUCCCAUCUUCUGUGUGAUCAAUAAUUCAUCAAACCUAUGUGGAUAUAGCUUUAAGAUGUGACUAUAUUUUUGUGUGUAAUUAAUAAUGUAAAUAUUUAUACAUUUAAUUUGUACCUUUACAUUCCUUCAGUGAUUAAAAUACAAAAUUACCUAUACAUUGUCAACUA